AUGUUCAACAAUUCGAAUAAAGUUUUGCUCGAGACAGAAACAUGUACAGAACAUGAUAGAGAGAAAUUCCAAUUUUUUUUCAGCACAAUCGUUUUCACUACAAAGAGCGAAAUAAGAUUCUGGCUGCAGCAGAAAAUUGGAAGCUCGUAUGGCGUAGUGGUUCAUCGAACUCUCGAAAAAGCUCCUUUUUCAGAGCUGAGUGCAGGUUGA